AUGUCCUCCUCAUCACCACCAACGCCCCCAUCAUCACGGACUUACACCGACGCAAUCAACCUCCUAAACACCCUCAUCCCAAACCUCAAAGUCCACGCCCUCUUCAACAAACCAAAAGAUGCCGCUCCCACCACCUCCUCCAACCAAAGCCCAGCAGCACCAGCACCAGCAACAGACCCAAACCUCCUCGCCAUCCCCGAAAUGCGCGCCUGGCUCCUCCGCGCAAACCUAACCCCCAAACGCCUCUCCUCCCUCUCCUUCAUCCACAUCGCAGGCACAAAAGGCAAAGGCUCCGUAACAGCCCUCACGACCUCGGCUCUCCUCCACCACUCGUCCUCUUCCUCAUCUGCCUCAUCCACGCCACAAAUAGGCCCAAUAGGAACCUACACCUCCCCCCACCUCCUCUCCCCCCGCGAACGCAUCGCAAUAAACAACAUCCCCAUCUCCCGCCACCUCUUCGCAACAUCCUUCUUCGAACUCUGGGACACCUUAUCCUCCUGCACCUCUUCGGCACCCGGCGGCAGCAGCAGCGCCAGCGAUGGCCCAGACCUCGGCAUCGAACCCGGCGCCAAACCCUUCUACUUCCGCUUCCUCACCCUCCUCGCCCUCCACAUCUUCCUCAAACUCCAAAUUCGCACCGUCGUGCUGGAAUGCGGCAUCGGCGGCGAAUACGACGCCACAAACGCCAUCCCCGCCUCCGCCGUAACGACGUCAGUCAUCACGCAGCUCGGGAUAGACCACGUCGCCAUGUUGGGCUCCACCCCCUCGCAAAUAGCAUGGCAUAAAGCAGGCGUAAUGAAACCCGGCACCGCAACCUUCACCCGCAAACUAUCCGACGAGGUCCACCACCCGGGCGUAAUGUCCACCCUCCGCUCCCGCGCACGAGAAAUAGGCGCGGAGCUAAUCGAGGUAGACGACGAGCAUGUCGUCGCGUGGUCCGGUGUCCCGGGUGCCAAAUUACCCGGCGGAGAUUUCCAAAAGAGAAACCAAGCUCUCGCUGCGCUGGCUGCGCGGCGCCAUAUCCAGGUCCUCGAGGCCCGGGACGCGGGGUCAAAGACGAUGGUAGUAGGGGAGGUGAAUUCUUCGCUGGCGGAUGUACCUCAAGUCCUCAUCGCCGGUCUCCGCGAGGCGACGCUCCGUGGCCGGCAUGAAGUACUAAGGCAGGGUAGUGUAUCCUGGUACCUCGACGGCGCGCACAACUCGGAUAGUCUAGCGGAAGUAGCGCGCUGGAUAUCUCCCAUCGUCGCAACCACAACUCCCUCAGACACCGCGAACAACAAGGAAAGUUUCAUCCUCGUCUUCAACCAGCAAGAACGCGACGCCUCCGCCCUCCUGACAGAGUUCCUCCGCCAGAUGAAGACCUUGGGUGUCGGCCUUGAGACGAGGCUCUCCGCCGCCAUCUUUACCAGGAACGAUAAGACUAACAUCGCCGGCGAGGGCGGGGACGUGGAUCUCAGUGUCCAGGAGGCGUGUGCCGCGGCAUUCAGGGAAAUGUAUCCUGCUACAAAGGUCGUGGUGUGCAGAGACCUAACGGAGAUGAAGAGCGCCGUCGAUGGCGUCGCGGGGAUUUCGACGUCGGGGACAAAGGUGCUGGUUACGGGGAGCAUGUAUCUCGUUGGAAACGUCAUUGGCUUGUUGGAGCCGGAAGGUCUAUUAUGA